AAAAUAAGUGUUGGCAAAAACUGACAGAUGCAAUUGCCCAACACUUAGAAAACACUGCAAGUGGACGACACAAAAGUCCACGCUGGGUACAAAAUUUAUUUGUUUAUUAUUAUUGGUAUAUAUAUAAACACCAAUUGAAACAAUUGACGCAGCUAUGAAUCAAUUUCACACACCCUCAUUCGGUGACGAAGUGUUCGAGAUGAAUGAAACACCCGUGGCCGUGGAUCAGACACAACAACAAACUGCUUCACGGCGAAUAAGUAGGCUUAGCAGCCUGGAUCACUCCACGCUGGUUAAUGACGACGACGAGGAGGAGCACAUGGACUACGAUACGCCCAGCAGCUACGCCAGCAACCAGAUGACAACAACAAAUCAACAGCCGCAGCAGCAGCAGCAGCAACAGUUGCAGCUGCCACAACAGGCGCCCGCCAAACCGCUGGCGCCGUACGCUCUCUUCUUUCGCGACACGAUGACGGCCAUCAAGCAACAGAAUCCCGCCUGCACGCUGGAGCAGAUCACGGCCAUAGCGCUCAACAUGUGGGAGUCCAUGGACGAGAAGCAGAAGAACGUCUACGAUCAGCGGCACGAGCUGGACAAGCGCGAAUAUGUGCGACAACUGCGCGAUUAUCAGCGCAGCCAGCAGCAAGCGGACACAGCUGAAGCACAGCAGCAACAACAACAGCCGCCGCCGCCGCCCGCAGAGCAGCCGUCGCCGGCCGAAGCCCUGCCCAGCAAAGAGGAGCCGCCAGCAGCAGCAGCCGCAGUUGCUGCUGUCGCUGCUGAGCCUGCUGUGGCGCAAGCGCCGCUGCCGCCGCCACCGCCCUCGGAUCAAAUACAGUUGCUAACGGAAGCGGCUGCUGUGCAAAAAUGUACGCGCGAACAAUGCAAUAAGCCGGCGAUAAUAAAUCCUGAUUGGGAGGACGAAUAUUGCAGUAAUGAGUGCGUUGUCAUACAUUGUCGCAAUGUGUUUACGGAGUGGGCGCGUUCGUUGCAAAACUCGCCCACGUAGUAACUGUACUUAGUUGUCGCACUUGUAGGUAUUAACUAAAAAAAAAAAUACAAAAAAAAAACAACAAUAAAACGUAGCUAAUAAAACACAAUCGCCGAUCAGCUGUUUGGCACGCAAGCGCAGCGUUGCCAGCUGUCGGAAAAAUACAAA